UUGGAUACAGUAUAACUGAAGGAAGUUCACAGAUGUUCCUCAUAUCCCAGCUGACAGUGAUGCUGAGCACUCUGAUCCUGCUGCUGAACCUCGGAGGAGCCACAGCUCUCAAGAUCUGCUCCUUCAACAUAAAAUCAUUCGGAGAGAGCAAAAUCUCCAAACCAGAUGUACUGGACAUCAUAGUGGAGAGCAUUGGUCGCUGUGACCUUAUGCUUGUCCUGGAGAUCAAAGAUGCAAAAGGAAAAGCAUUUGAUCAACUCAUGAUUCACCUGAACAGCAGGUCCAGGACACGAGCAAAUGAAUUUAGCUCUGUCAUUAGUGAGAGACUCGGGAGAAAAUCCUACAAGGAGCAAUAUGCCUUCAUUUACAGGCAGAAGAUGCUGUCUGUGAGAUCCGUCUAUCAGUAUCCAGACACUCAAACCGGCGAUGAAGACGCUUUUGCUCGAGAGCCGUUCGUCGUGUGGUUUUCAUCUCCAAAAACUGAAAUCAAGGAUUUCGUCAUUAUUCCUAUUCACACGGCUCCAGAAGCGGCUGUGAAAGAGAUCGAUGAACUGUACGACGUUUAUCAGAACGUUUCGCAGCUGUGGCGAUCAGACAACUUCAUCAUUAUGGGGGAUUUUAAUGCCGCCUGUGGUUACGUUCCAAAGAGACAGUGGGUGAACAUCCGUCUGCGCUCGGAAACUCAGUUUGUGUGGCUGACAGGUGACAAGCUGGACACGUCAGUGAAGAAAUCUACCAGAUGUGCUUAUGACAGGGUCGUCCUCCGCGGAGAGAGGAUGAUUGAGGCUGUGAAUCCUGAAUCAGUGGAGGUGUUUAAUUUUAAAGAGGAAUUUGGCCUCACUGAGCAGGAGGCUCUGGCAGUGAGUGAUCAUUUCCCGCUCUGCAUCACUGUAAACCAAGCGCAGAUGAGAGGAUAACAACCUUCUCCAUUUACACUUUUACUGCUCGCCUGCUUCAUUAGUCCUACAGAUGAGAAUGAGAAACAGCUUACAAGAAAACAAAUGAGUGCUUUACUUUUGUAGAGAAGAGCAGAAAUGUUUGAUUGAAUGAUAAUGUCAAGCUUCCAGUGCUUGUUAAUUAUGAACCAGCGGUCUGCAGUGUUGGUUUACUGGUUGCUGUGAGACAGCAGAGUUAGUUUGCAAGCCUGUUAACACUUUAACCCGUCUACAUUUCUCCAUUAACUCCAUUCAUCACAACACCUGUAUUAGUGCUU